ACAUAUGCUAAAGCUCUACUUAUUUACAUUUAUUUAUGUAUUUUCUACCAAAAAUUUGUGGAACUUAUGCUGACAGGUGAUAUUGUGGAAGCGACGCUAUUGUGUGUGUACGUUGUAUUAUUUUUUUAAAAUGUCGCGAAAACGUGAAGCAAAUAUAUUUAACGAAAAAUUGCGCGAAGAAUUUUCGUUUAUUAAGAAAGCGAAGACCGAAAGUGAUGUCCUUUGCGAAGUGUGCAACACGGGUUUUAGUAUUAUGCAUAGUGGUCGCCGAGAUAUUGAGUCGCAUAUUAAAUCAAAAAAUCACCUAAAUGCAUUGCACGCUGCCACGUCCAGCCACACACUCAAUAGAUAUUUAAAAAGUUCUACUAGAGCUCCAGAAAGACUUAAAUGACUGCCAUUUCUUCACUAUAUUGACGGACGGAAUAGCGCUAUGAACAAAUUGAACAUAAAUAAGAAACUAGUUGCGUUUUGUGGAGAUAACGCGGCGUGUAAUUUUAGCAACUUUAAUCGAACCGGCACAAAUAAUGUGUUUUACAAACUGAAGCAGCUUUAUCCUGGAUUGAAUGGCGUUGGAUGUGCAGCGCAUAUUGUUCACAAUACUUUAAAAAAAAGCUUGCGACAAAAUGCCUUUUGAUGUGGAGAUGAUUGUAGUCAAAAUUUAUUCACAUUUCUAUUUGUUCACCGUGCGUGUCGCAAAAUUGAAAAAAUUUUGUGAAUCCGUUGAUGUGGAAUAUAAAAAACUGAUAGGUUACAGCAAAACUCGUUUCCUAGGCUUGUUGUCAUCAGUCGAGUCAAUAUUAAGAAUUUUUGAUGGUCUUAAGGAGUAUUUUUUGGGAGAUCCCAACACCCCAAAUUCUUUGCUACUAUUUUUUGAAGAUCCAAGGGCCAAGAUGUGGCUGCUUUUCCUUCGUGAUCAAGCAUCUAUUUUCAACAGAACAGUUAAAGCAGUGGAAAGCGACAAUAUUAAUGCAAUGGAAGUUGGGCAUGCACUCAAUUCUUUUGUCCAAUCGCUCGAAUCUCGGAAAAAAGAAGCAUUUUUGUCCGCUACAGUGCAAAAGGAAAUGGAACAUAUUUCUGCUGUUGACGAAACAGUGUCAAAAGAAGAGAUGCAAGAUCUCUCACGUCACAUCUAUGAAUCAUGUAUAAAAUAUAUUGAAAAGUGGAAAGAACAAUUUGACCAUAUUAUGAUUUUUGCCUGGUGUGCGCUUGAUCAACCACCGCAAUGGAAGUUUAUCGAAACCACCGCGAAGUACAUUGCAACCAAUAACCAUUUUGAUCUGGAAUCAUCCUAUACUGAUUUAUUCAAUCAGUUCACGUAUUUGGAAAGAUACGUAACCGAAGAGAAAAUCCAAUCGUGGGAAGAAAAUGGUAUUGCCACCGAUCAACGCUGGGCUGAAAUUUUUCAACAUUUCGUCAAAAAGAAGGUUCCAUACAACCACAUGGGCAGAAUCAUAUCGUAUAUUCUCUCCUUGCCAGUCACAUCAGCCACCGUUGAACGAGUAUUUUCUCUGAUCAAUCAGAUUUGGAACGAUGAAAAAUCACAAAUAAAGAUCGAAACAUUGCGAGAUCUUUUAUAUGUUCGAUACAACAUUAAAAUGACUUGUAUGGAAUUUUUUGAAUUUUUAAAAAUGAAAAAUACGCAUUCAAAAAUGCCAAUCAUUUGCAUAACGAGUUUGGAUAUCGAAAAAUAAACUGCUUUCUCCAUAACUUGACCAUAAAUUGAAAUCAAAUUAAAUUAAAUUGCAUUUGCGAGCACCGUUUUUUCAUUAAUUUAAAACUGUACAUAAUAUUUUAAAAAUUUGUGUGUACGUAAAUGAGAUCUUGAAAAGGAGGUCACCCUAGGUAUACCAAACAUGUCUUCCAGUCCAAUCCUUUUAACACUUGGUCCAUAAGCCUCUCAAAAGUGGCAGGAACGUUACAUAACCCAAAGGGCAUUACAGUGAUUGCCAUAGACUAUCUCCAAUGCUGAAAGCCGUCUUUUCUUUGUCUUCUUCGUUUACUUCCACUUGCCAAUAGCCACUUUUCAAAUCGAGUGUUGAAAACCAAUUCGUGCCUGAUAGUGAGUCUGGGCUGUCAUUUAUUCUAGUUAAUGGAUAACUUUAUUUCUUCGUGACAUCAUUCAACUUUCUGUAGUCCACGCAAAACCUCAUUUUACCAUCUUUCUUCUUCACAAGUACUACAGGUGAACUCCAUGGACUCGAUGAUGGUUCAAUUAUGCCGCUAUCGCUCAUUUCACGUAUGGUCUGGCUUACAACUUCACGUUUGGCUAAUGGAACGCUGAUUAGUCUUGCAUCUCCGGUGUUGAUGGAAUGUUUCACAAUUUUGGUUCUACCUGGUUUGGAUUCACCUUUGUCGAAUAUGGUGGAGUAUCGAGAAGAGGUUGUUUGGCCUUCUUUUUAUGGUCUACUUCAAGUUCCUUGGUCCAUGCAUUAAUCUCGUUUGAAAUAUCGUUUUUACCCACAGAAUUCAAGAUGUGUUUCGCAAUUUAUUACGGCCUUAAUCUCCUGACACUGCCCUAAUAUAGCUCCUUUGGAGAUUGUGACUGGUGACUUACACUCAUUAAGGACUCUUACUGGAACUAUUUUGUCUUGUCGUGUCAUAGCCAGGGUUUUUUCUAUAAGUAAGUUUGGUAUGGAUUCUUUCGUGCCUUCAACAACCCACAACGUGUCCGUCCCAUAGUCUCCAUCUAUUUCUGCCCAAAUAAUUUCUUCUGAUUUUGGUGGAAUCUUCUGAUUUUCUGUUAUUAACACUUGUCUAACGUUGCAUUUGUUAUCAUAACCAAACAUAAGAGGCACUUCCAUAUUGUUAUAAGACAUAAUUUUGU